AUGUCGACACCAAUACAACAAGCACUCAUUACCCUCGUCCCAACUCUCAACACACUUCCGCAAGAACUCAUCGACCUGUCCACAUCACUACUCGCACAAUCACGAAACAGGGCAUCUUCGCUCAAGGCGGAAGAAGAGAUUGGAAGAACAUAUGCAUGCGCACACAUAGCAGUCGAGCGACUUAGACACCGACUAGAUAUCGACAAGAUUGUCGCUAGACCGCCCGUCGCACCACGAAUCUACAAGAAGCUAUAUGGAUAUCUGGAUGCUGCAUUAUCUGUGCCAGCGACGCCGAGGACCAACAGAUUGAAAGACGUAGGAGCCGUGGGUACACCAGGGAGUGGUAGAGGGAGGAGAAGCGCUUUGGGUACGCCUGUUGGGACACCAUCGAAAACGCCUGUAAAGAGUGUCAAGAGUGCUGGCGUGACUCCAUCGAAGACGCCCAUCUCUGCUGCAAAGAGUGCAGGAAGUGUCACGGCAUCAGGCAGGAGAUCAACAAGAUCUGCGGCAAAAGAAGUAGAAGAGGAGGUUGUAACAGCCGACUCGGAAGAAGAGCGACAGAAGAAGACGCAGGAGAAAGAGGCGGAAGGCAAUCUACCUGAGCAAGUGCGUCCUAUGGCUGAAGCGAUAUGCGAUACUCUGGACGUGCCUCAAGCCACAUCACACAUCUGUGCAGCCGUCUCUGCCAUUUUACAACUACGAGGUUGGAACGAUACGAGACUCGAAGACCGCAAGCCCACACCUCGAUCGUCUGCCAAGAAGAGGAAGCGAACAUCUACAGAUGCAGAGGAGAUUGCGCCUCAAGAAGAUCCAAACACAAUCACACCGGACUCUUUACCGGCACUCAUCAGUGCAAUCUCCCUAGUGACGACCUUCACUCUUCGCAACAGCGUCAUAGAUGGCACUACCUACGCUACCGCUCGCUCUUCAGCCAUCCAAGCACUAGAACCUAAUGCGCCGGCCUCACAAGAUGUCGACGCCUUCCUCCACGCCAGCAAAGCAGAAGGCUGGCUACAACUUCCCUGGUUCCUCGCCGUCAAAGCUGCUGCCACCGCCUCGGCCGUUCCAGAAGCACAAACACCAAAGAAGAACAAAGCUCCUGCCAAAACACCACUUCACAGGAAAGAGAAACACGCUCCGAGACCAGUACGCAAAGAUGUAGACAUGGAUACUGUAAUGGAGGAUGCAGAUGCGGAGGCUGAGGCUGAGAACGAAGCAAGACCUGGUGCUGGGUUGAGGUCAGGCUUGGGUACUAUGUUUCAAGACUCGAUUGACUGGUUGAGCACAGGGAGAAGGAGAGAGUAUAGAACAUGGGAGGGGGAAGUUAGACGAAGGUGCGACGAAAUUGAAGGCAAAGCCUGA